UUUUUUUUUUCUCUCUCACAAACCAAACCAACAGCACAACAGACUCACUCCAGCUUCCCCAAAUGGAACUCUCACUUCUCUCUGGUCACCAACUCAACCCCACUCUUCUCCACAAGAAUUUCAGCCCCCUUCCCAUUACAAGGAAGAGGUCCUUCAAGAGGAAUUCAUCUGUGUUGUUUUGUCAAUGCUCGUUCUCGUCCUCAGAUGAUUCUGCAAAACCAGCAACCCUAUCUUUACAGCGUGAGGGAAGGAGGGCAUUGAUGGGUUGUGUUCUUGUAGCAGCUGCUGGAAUUUAUGUCUGUGAUGUGGCUGGCGCUGUUAGCACGAGUAGAAGAGCUCUUAGAGGAGCAAAAAUACCUGAGAGUGACUACACAACUCUUCCCAAUGGUCUGAAGUACUAUGAUUUGAAGGUUGGGGGUGGACUUAAGGCUGUGAAGGGAUCUCGGGUUGCAGUCCACUAUGUUGCUAAGUGGAAGGGUAUCACCUUUAUGACAAGUAGACAAGGACUUGGUGUUGGAGGUGGAACGCCUUAUGGAUUUGAUGUAGGUCAAUCUGAGAGGGGAUCCGUUCUCAAAGGAUUAGACCUAGGUGUUGAAGGCAUGAAAGUAGGAGGCCAGCGAUUACUAAUUGUUCCUCCUGAGCUAGCAUAUGGAAGUAAAGGAGUCCAGGAAAUCCCUCCAAAUGCAACAAUUGAGUUGGAUGUUGAGCUUCUGGCCAUCAAACAAAGCCCAUUUGGGACUGGUGUAAAAAUUAUUGAAGGAUAAUGUGAUAAUGUUCUGCUGCUUGUCAUGUUGGUCCGUUACCCUGGAUGAACUGAAGACUAGAUGGCAGCAGCCCCUGGCAGAAGUGGUUGACACAUUGUUUUACCCUUUACCACGGACCAUGAACCUACAAUUUAUUUGUCCCUGACUAGGAAAAAUGUGAUUGUCUAAAUCAACACGAAUUUUAUUUCAAAUACUGGUCAUGAUUUUGCAGGUUUUAAGAUGUUUUAUGAUGAUGUUUAUUCUGUUC